UUUGAAAGCCCGCAUCGCCUGUAUCGACCCUUCCAUACCCAUCAUUACGUCAUCACCAUGAGUAUCGCUCCCGCUAUUGUCCCUCUACGCAUCGGCAUGUUCGGUGGCGGCGUCGUUGGCGGUGGAGUGUACGAAAUCCUCAUGCAGCGCGGCGUGGCCACGCUGCGUCGCCCCGUGGUAAUUUCCAAGAUCUGCGUCCGCAAUCUCGACAAGCCGCGUUCCUUCACGAUCGACGAAAGCCAAACAACGUUGACAACGGAUCCCAACGAUAUUCUGGAAGAUUCCGAGAUUGACUGCGUCGUCGAAGUCAUGGGAGGCAUCGGACUCGCGAAACAAGUCGUGCUCGACAGCCUCAAGGCCGGCAAAUCCGUCGUCACCGCCAACAAGGCGCUCCUUGCGGCCCAUUUGGAUGAAUGUCACGACGCCGCCAAGUCCACCAAGAAAGAACUCGCGUACGAAGCAGCGGUUUGCGGGGGAAUCCCCAUUAUUCAAGUCUUACAGAGUUGCUACGAUGGAGACGUUAUUACCAACGUUUCCGGUAUUUGCAACGGCACCACCAACUACAUGCUUACCGCCAUGGAAGACGGAGCGGAUUAUGCUACUGUACUGCAAGAAGCUCAAGAUUUGGGUUUUGCGGAAGCGGACCCCACGGCGGAUGUAGAAGGUCACGAUGUCCGUGCCAAAAUUGCUAUUCUCGCCAAACUCGCGUUCGGACAAACCGUCUCGGUAGACGACAUUCCGACUGCGGGAAUCAGCAACAUUCAAGCCGUCGAUUUUGAGUACGCAGCUCUCCUGCAUUCCACCAUCAAGUUGGUAGGAACGGCUCGUCGUUUGACCGGCGUCGAUGGCGACGACGCUAAUUCUAGCCCUCUCAGUGUGUACGUCAGUCCCGUCAUGGUCUCGACCAAGGAUAUGUUGGCGUCGACACGCGGUAGUGGCAACGCCAUUGUGGUGACAUCGGAAAAUAUGAAUGCCUGUAGCUAUACUGGGCCCGGAGCCGGUCGUUUCCCAACCGCAAAUUCUGUUGUGGCCGAUAUUGUUCGCGUUGCCAACGGACAGGCGUCCGUAGAUCCCUUUCCCAAAGUCUCGCCCGAACCGCUGGAACUAGAAGACAACUACGUCUCGCCUUUCUACGUACGUAUCCCAUUUCGCGACGGUCUAGGAAUUAUCCGGCAGACCGGAGAGUUGGCGGAGCGUCACGGUGUUUCCAUUCACGCUAUUUUGCAAAAUCCCAUUGCCGAUCCCGGGUCGGCUGAUUUCUGUGUCACAACCGAUCCCUGUCCACUAUCAAACGUGCAGGCCUUUUGCAACGACCUGGCGGCGCAAAAUUUUUGCCGCGAUCCACCCCUGCAUAUGCCGUUGUUGCGUUGA